AUGACCACCUCCUCCGCCUCUUCCCGCAAGUCGUUAAGCAAGAUAGCAAUCAAUCGGCUGCAGAAAGAACAAAGGGAGUGGCAAGUCAAUCCCCCAAAUGAUCUCAAACAAAAAAUCACUGAUAAUCUCCAAAGGUGGGUGAUUGAAGUUAAUGGAGCUCCGGGAACUCUUUACGCCGACGAAACUUAUCAUCUUCAAGUGGAUUUUCCGGAGCAUUAUCCGAUGGAAGCUCCUCAGGUGAUAUUUCUGCUUCCAGUACCAUUGCAUCCUCACAUUUACAGCAAUGGACAUAUUUGCUUAGAUAUUUUGUAUGAUGCAUGGUCUCCUGCCAUGAACGUGAGUUCCAUCUGUAUCAGCAUUCUCUCCAUGCUAUCGAGUUCUACUCUGAAGCAACUCCCAGAUGAUAAUGAUCGCUAUGUGAAGAACUGUAGGGGCCGGUCUCCCAAGGAAACCAGGUGGUUGUUUCAUGACGAUAAAGUUUAA